UCAGGAGUGUGAGAAGGCGUUGGUGCUCUGGCCACAAACGGAGCACAGGGGAGUGCAGCAGCGUGCAAAUCAGGCACAUAGAAAGAAAUCAAGCAAGCAUUUGCAGCUUUAAAUGAGAGAAAUCGACAGACGUGUCAACAUCUCGCUAUUCUUUUAGCUUGAGUCUGUGGCCCUUGCAGGCGGCACAGACACGCGGGCCAUUAAUGGAACUGUCAAAUAACCCAAGGUCAAGGGGGCAUGAGGAGGCUCCCCCAGUACUGCUGUCUGAUCUGACCCAAGUGAAAAACAGCAGCUUCAGUGCUGCCCAACAACAGGGCUACUCUGCAACCAUCUUUCUGCGCCGCAAAGACAAACUAGAGAAGACUCAGCAGAAGUGCAUUGCCAUCUUUGCACUGUUGUGCUGCUUUGCCGUGCUCUUGGUGCUCAUCUUCUCUUCUGUGGAUCUUUGGGGGGACAGUGAGGAUGGAAUCACAGAAGAGAAUUGUCGCACUGACUGUCGGAUUGUCCUUAUGGAGACAAUCCCUGAGGAUCUUAAAGAACACUUGAAUGCUAGACCCCACUUGCCACUCUUUGUCGGCUUCCACGCCCUGCUGGACCGAGCUAAGCACUCGGUCCAGGUCGUGUCACCAGUCUGGAACUUGAGGCCCUUGGAAGAAGAAAGUACGCCGACCACAGGAAGACAGGGUCAACUUUUAUUCCAGAGAUUGCUCACCUUGAAAUCCCGUGGGGUCAAACUAAAGAUUGCCAGCAGCCUGACGAACUCUGCAGAACAGAAGAUUUUGGCAACGCAUAGUGAGUCAAUUAGCACACUGGCAUUCAGUCCACCUUUUUACAUUCACCCCUUCCCGUUCGUUUGUUACCGUCCAGACGCAGAGGUUCAUUUGGUCAACAUGACAGCUUUUACCAGAGGGGGACUCCAUUCCUCAUUCUGGAUCGUAGAUCGGACACACUUUUAUGUUGGCAGUGCUGACAUGGACUGGAGGUCGUUCUCCAAGAGAAAGGAGUUGGGCCUGAUGGUGUACAACUGCAGUUGUCUGGCUCUGGACCUCCACAGAGUCUUUUCUUUUUACUGGCAACUCCAUGAGAGGGACUAUAUCCCCUCCAUCUGGUCUAAAAGAGUUACAGCGCUCUAUGGGAGACAUCAGCCCCUGGAGCUGCAACUCAACAAUACCCCUGCAGUUGCAUAUGUGUCUUCCUCCCCUGGUCUCUUCUGUGCUAAAGAGCGCACUAAAGAUGUGGACGCCAUCUAUCACGUCAUGCAGAGCGCAAAGACAUUUGUCUUCAUUUCUGUGACCGACUACCUCCCUCUAGUGAGCAGGCGCCUCAGAGGAACCUUGGUCACAAGGUACUGGUCGCCACUUGAUGAGAUGAUCAGAGAGGCUGUGGUUCUGAGAGGGAUCAAAGUUCGCCUGCUCAUAAGCUUCUGGAAGAACACUCACCCGCUCACCUUCAACUUCGUAACCUCACUCCAGUCGCUGUGCAUGCAACUGUACAACUGUUCUCUUGAGGUGAGGUUUUUCAGUCAUAAGGAGCAAAACGAUGACGUUCAACACGGACUCAAUCACAACAAGUACAUGCUGACUGACAAUGCUUUAUACAUUGGGAACCACAACUGGGUUGGUAAUGAAUUUUCUGAUAAUGGCGGAGUUGGGCUCGUGGUCCAGAUGAAAAAUAGGGGUGGGAAGAUCAUGGAACAACUGAAAGCGGCUUUUGAAAGAGAUUGGACUUCACCUUAUUCUAAAAGCCUGCUGGGAAACCAAGAUCGGUACGACAAAUACGGACACCUGCACUAAUUGGAGACCAAGGAGGAGAACAAGUGGAAUGAGCCUUUGUCUUUAUAAAUACAGACUUACAUUUCUGUCAAUAAGAUAGAACGUGGACAUGCUGGACUAUGCACGACGAUGAACAAUUUUGAGCAUACUUUCUUUUCCAUUGUGCAAAUUGUUUUAUCCACAUCUUUAAGUAACAAUACACUGUAGCUCACUGCAUUUAAGUCAUUAUGUUAGUUGGUAAUUAUCUACUUCUUUGUGACAAUAGAAUGUUGCAUGAAGUAUAUUUAAACCAAUAAGCAAACAACGCGUAUUCAACCUAUAUCCUACGGACAGUAAGAAUCUACACUGUGUGUGUGUAUGUGUGUGUGUGUGUGUGUGUGUGUGUGUGUGUGUGCGUGUGUUUGGUGUGUUUGUGCACGCAGGACACACAUGCAAUCAACUAAAUAGGACAGCAUGUGUAACUACUGACAAUUCUGACACAUAAUACACAGUAACUGUGGAAUAAAGAAGCCGGUGCAGGAUGUUAAGAAAAUGAGUCUCCUCCAUGAAAAGUAGGACUGGCCAUGACAUGCAGAAAUUUGGACAUUCAGCACUGACUCAAGCAAAUCCAUCUACGGUCCCAUAAUGGCACAACAUUAUUAAUGCCUUCAUUGUGACCGCGUUUGAGCUGGAGUGCACCCCAGCUGACUUUGGGCAUGAUGCAGGGGUGCACUGGUUGCCAGUCAGCUGCAGGGCAGCCAUUCACACCUAAAGACAAUUUAGAGUUAACUUAACCUAACGUGCCUAUUUUAGGCAUUUGGGAGGCAAACCCAAACAAGCACAGAGACCGCAUCCAAAGGCCACACAGGAGGACCAGGACGAAACUCGAAUCAAGAACUUUGAAACUGUAAAGCACAUGGUUUAACCACUACGACAGUCCUGCAAGUUAAAAAUACUUUGCAGUUUUCUAGGAAGCCUGCGGUGAAGGACUCAAUCAUUUCCACAACUUUCAGUACACUUACAGUAUUAAAUUAUAUGUAGCCUGGAUCAGAAGGUUAUGAAAAAAAAUACUUUGUUUUUCCUUUUUUUCUUAAAAAAAAAAUCAAAUAUAUCACUUUUUUCAUAUAAAACUGUA